UCGACUCUACUAACUUCUACACACACGCGAUGCAAAUAUGUCUCGCUCUAACAGAAAUAACCUGGUUGGUAUCCAUAGUCUGCACAGCCGCAAUCCCGAUAACGACGAAAGCAUUGUUCGACGAAGCACCAGUAACACCAGUAUAGGUACAAACAGCUCCUCUGCAGCUCCUCCCUUACGCAACAGUCAACUCCUUAUAAACGAUCAUGAUACUGAACUCGACUGGCGCUAUCUUUCCACCACAGAAACAUACAGCUCCGAGUGUUCGGCACCUAUGGGGGAUGAUGAAGUCGAUGAUUUAGAAAUAGACCAGGCAACUGUUGACCCGACAGUCAGAUUGAUCAGCAAUAGUAUCAAACACCAACGUGGAUUGGGCAGUCGUCCUUUGCAGACUUUUGCUACAUCGCCAUCUUCAGCCUCCGGCAUGUUUUCGACUUCGCCUGGAAAACCAACAACUCAUGAGGCAGACAAGAGCACUGAUACUAUCAAAAAUAUGCGUGCGCGUGCUCUGGAUAAGAUCAACGGUAGGAAAGAAUCAUCAUCCAACUUGGACUCCGCCUACAGCAAUACCAGCGCCGGCACCACCAGCAACAAGAAUAAUGACGACAAAGCCAACAAUGCUUCAAAAAGAGUUACCAUCACGUUGUCAACUGCUCAAGGAUAUGAUUUCUUACCAAACCAGUCUUCCACAACCACAAAAGAGGAAAUUUUUGCGUCCCGAGCGUCUGGACAUGGCAGGAGUGGAAGUUUUAGCAAUGGCUCUGGCAUCAGACUCAAGCGGAGGUCGCUUGGGCCUUCAUUAUCCGUCCACCGUUCUGUCGUUACAAGAGUCUCGCAACCAGAAGCCCACCACACUAUACCUGAAACUGCAACCCGCCUUUCUUCUCAAAACAACGUUAUCAAAAAACAUAAUUCUGGCCCUUUUAAAAAUCAGAAAGAACAGUUACGUUCGACGUCUGAAGACGAGCCUGAUACUGUAAAGUCUCGCAAUACAACUGCAGCCAAGGGUGGAGGUAUACUUGUGAGCGAGCUCAGAGCUUUAAAGGCGCGUGUUGAGGAGCUUGAGUUGGAACGAAUGAACCGAUCGCUCUCGGAUCUUCGUGUCCAAAGUCCGCAAACCAUGACCAUCCAGUACCAGCAGAGGCAACAACAGCAACGGGAAUUAGAGGAGCAACAGCAGCCCUCCUCAACCCACUCUGAAAAAGUCCGGCAGCUCAUGAUGGAGAGUCAAAAUCGAGGUUUGACGAAAACCAUGGAUUCAUCUAGUGGUCCCUUACGGUCCCCUAUUUCUAUCACAGCCGCAACACCAAAAGAACGAUCCUCUUCCUUUAAUAUGGACCGCUUGGAGCCUCCUGUCAGAAUUGAUAGCCCACUUCGCAUAGCCUCUAUGGCAGCAACUCCACAACCAACAACACAGCAUGUGGCUCUUCUGCAAGAAGCGUUCAGAGCUUUUGAAAAGACCAUGUCUAUGGGUCAUCAUAAUGGGUCAGGGAUGCAUGCAAGUGUUCAAGCCAUGAGUAAGGUCGUGACCAAUGCUGUUAAUAUGAAUCAGACUAUCCGCACUUGGAUUAAGGCCGACAUAGCUCUUGUGGACUCUUCGUCCAUGGCUGCCCUUGGACGUGCCAGUGAUGAGCAAAUUCGGAGCCUGACAGAAUCUUUGUUAGCCAUGACAACAACUUCUCUUGCUCUAGAUCGCUCAUUUCCUCAGUCUGAAAUGGCUAUAAUGAACCAAUCUUACUCUCCGAUUCCCGCAGGCUCUCUUCGAUUUGCGCAGGGCCAGCGGCUGUCCCUUAUAGGGAUUGGCUCCAGUCAAGAACCAUCGCUAUUACAACAAAACGCCCCGGAGUUCAUAUCAAGUCAGCAACGCCGACAGAUAAAUGUGUCCAGUGAGCAUCCUGUGAUGGAAUCACCACAAGCUAUGCGUCAUUGCCCUCCUAUUCUUCAGCGCCAGAGUCAAUCACCUGCGCCUGAGGGCACUGAGGCAUCUGUACAGUUGGCUAGACGACAGAAUAAUGUUCGAAACAUCAUGGCACGGUAUGCUCACGCGGGCUCUAGAGCACCUGCAUUCGGUCAAUCCAGCCAAGAGAACAAUACAGACAUGGAUCAGCUCCGUCACGAGGAUGUUAUGAGUAACUAUCUGGAGCAACAACAACAGCAAUAUAUCGAGAGCAAUAUCUAUCAAACGCCUCAAUACUCGCAAGAUAAUCCCGACGGCAUGCCAGCCUCUGUAGAGGUUCUAUCCUCAGGCCAUCCGGGAGUGGUACAUGGAAGCCGUCGACCAUUGUCUCAACAGGAGUUAUACAGUUAUUCAGGAACAUCAUCCAGAAUGUCAGUGCCUCAGAUCCGUAAAGGAGUUGGCAUUCAUCGGUCAGGUCGUUAUGCUCACGACAAAGUCUUUUCUGAAGACGAAAGCAUUGGAGGCUGGGACACCAUGAGUAGUACUGAGCAAGCUCCACAUCAGCAACGUAGGGCCUCCCAAAUUGGGAGGUAUGCGUUACGACUGCAACAACUACAUGGACGUCAUGGGCAAUUACAGCCACUACACCAACAAUUGGAUCAAUUUGAACAACAACAGAAUCAGCAGCAGCAGCGGCAGCAGCAGCGGCAACACGUCAGGCGUGGUGAAGAGUAUUCCGAUGGAGCUGAGAGUGACAUGUUUGCAGAGAGUAUAGUUCCACUCUUUGCACAACGCUCCCAGCAAGGAACCACAGCCAGGAUAUCUCAACACCUCCAUCACCAAGAUAUGAUGAUGAUCAAUCCUGCGAUGCCAUCACCCAAUUCAUCUCCUUCUUCCUCCUCACGAUUGGACGCACCAUCCGUAGUCUCAAGUAAUAGUCACCAUGGGGGACUAGCUUCUGUAGAUGUUCGUAAUCAUUUCUCGCCUCGUGGACCGGCCGAUCCUACAUCCUUCCCUCGACAACAAAGCAUCAGUAGUAUCUCCGGCCUUAGUGAUGACAGCCAGUUUAGUCCACGGGGGUCAUUACAGCAGCAAAGGCAAAAGACACUUGCCCAUCAGCGUGUACAACAGCAGCCUUUACAUUCGUCGGACGGCAUGUCACCACAGGCAAAGGCUCGUCUGCAACAGAUCCUUAAUGAGAGCUAAAG